AUGUCUAACCUGGAUAGAGAUACAAUAUUAGCUGAAUCAAAAGCUAUUUUAAAAUCUGUAACAAAUUGGAAACCAGGAAAGCAAUAUAAAUCAAAGAUUAUUCCAGAAACAAUCACUACAUCAACAUAUUCAACCACAAAUAUUAAAGAUGAUCAAUUUUGGUGUGCUCGAGAAUCAUUAGUCCCAUCUGCUUAUAAACAAAAAGUCAUUGAUUGCCUAAUUGGAACUGCAAAUAUUGGAUCAACUCAUUCUGAUCAUGAAGUGCAUUAUGUUGAAGAGUUUGAUUCUCUACAGAUCUCAAACAUAACCAAAUAUCCUGAUGGUGGUUGGAGUUAUGAAUUACAUGCAGAAUAUAAAUUUGGUACUAUUGGCAUAAGUAAUAGGAUGUUCUAUGAAUUAGUGCAUAUCUACAAAUUUGAUAAAAAUCAAGAAGGAGGUGAAGAUUUUAAUUGUGCUUAUAUUAUAAGUGUACCUAUAGAUGGGCCCACUGGUAAUUUUGUCAUUGGUAAAUAUCAUUCAAUUGAAAAAAUAUCAUGGAGUGAUAAUCAAGAUUCAGACUUAAAAUGGGUCAUGGCAACUACGUCAGAUGCUGGUGGUUAUUUACCUCGUUGGUUAACAAAUAUGAUUUUACCAGGAGCAAUUUCUAACGAUGUCCCAAGUGUGUUGAAAUAUAUACAAUAA